UCAGAUAUGCAUAAACUAACAUGAAUAAACGCCAUCAUUUGUAACUGAAUAAGAGAAAUACAUCAUCAGCUUGACAUUGUAUUGAGGAUUUGUGUUUGCUGAGGUCUUUUGGGACCGCGUGUUUCAAAGCCUUCCAGGAUGUCGGUUGGUUUGGAUUUUCAGGAGACCAGGUUGAGGGCGAUAAUCGGUAUGUUUUCUAAACCAGCAGAUUGGAUAAAAUUAGAAGUACUUCAGAACCGUUCGAGAGUGGUAAUUAUAAAAAAGCAUUACAAGAAGCCAAUAAACUACUUAAGAAAACACCGGAUUGCACAUCAGCAAAGGCGUUGAAAGCACUGACACUUCAUCGUUCCGGAAAAGUUACAGAGGCUAACUCUCUUGCAGAUGAACUCGUAAAGUCCUACCCUACGGAUGAGUCGACUCUUAAUGUGAUCAUGUGCUAUUUCCGCAAAACGGGUCAAGAAGAAAAAAUAUCACAAUUUUUAAAAAGCUCAUUAGAAAAAACGCCAAAUAGAGAAGAUCUGUUAGUAUGUUUGUUUUUACACCAGGUCCAGGGAGGUGACUUCUCUGCUCAACAAGCUACUGCUAGACUACUUUUACAAAAAUAUCCAUCUACUGGUUAUAAUUAUUGGCUCAUAAUGAGUACAAUAAUGCAAGCUGAAUCAGAUCCAGUAAUGGGACAGCGCAUGUACUUACCCUUGGCUGAAAAGAUGUUGAUUAGAGAAGCUGAAGGAGGAAAAAUGUCCAGACACUCAGAAUUCCAAGUGUUAAUAGACCUACUUGGUCGCCUUCAUAAGCAUGAUGCCGCUUACAAACUUCUUAACAGAAAAGAUAUAACAGAAAAUAUGGAUAAAGAGGAUUACUCAUGUGAUUAUUUCUAUACAAGGCUCAGUCUGGCAGCUCAUUUAGACAUCUGGGAAGAUCUUUAUGAAUUGGUAAAAGCACGGGUAAAAGUCAACCCAAACGAUUGGACUCCAUGGAAGAAAUUGAUAGAAGUAUCUUUAGGAGAUAAAGAAAGGAUGGAAACAGUAAUGUCGCUUGUUAACACUACCGUAACCGAUCAUCGGUGUGUUCGGGCUCCGCAACUGGCACGCUUGGAUUUGUAUGUCAAUAUGCUUAAACUGGGGUUGAAUUCAGGUUCUGAUCAUAAUCCACUAACAUAUAUGCUGGAUUAUUUCAAUACUUUCUGUCGCAAGCCUAUAUGUUCUUUGGAUUUAGCUUACCUUGUUCGUGUGGUAUUGCCGAAUCAAGAUGACCAGCUAAAAUACAUUAGUACUUUAUUAGACACCGUGGAGGCGAAUUUGGAUUUCACAAACAAAGAAGAUAAAAGUGUUUAUCGCCAUUUGUGCGCAUACCAAAUAGCACGUGCAAAUAACCAUCAAGCUUCUUCACAGACACUUCUACGUUCCUACUUUGGAUACGCCCCAGAUCGAAGUGAAUUAUUGGUGAAGAAGUUUAAAGAUAUUGCCAUUAAGGAUGAUGUAAACUUUCUUGACCUUUAUCCGGUCGAUGGGUUUUUACUAUUAGCUUUGUCAUCACUUCUGGAAGCUUCCUCUGUCCCGGUCGAUAAUUAUUCAUUCUCUUUUGGUGCUGGCCUACUUGCUAUUUAUUGGAUUCACGUAAUUGGGUUAGAGUAUACUAAUGUCAACCAUCAUUUGCGCAUGAAAUUAUGUCGUUUGUAUUCUUCUGAUUACCUGAAUUGUACUGAGCUUUUGUUGCCGCAUUUAGAUAAACUUGAAAUCAAGCAGCUACUGUUCCUUUCAUUAGGCCAUUUGUUCAUAAAACCAUCUCCAUCACUGACUGUAUGUACAGAUAUUCUUCCAUCACAGUCUCAAAAUGAUGAUAAUAGUAACGCUCUUCAUAGUCUUUACCAGAGAAUUAUGACACUUUCAAGUAGUAUGGUCAGUGAAGCUGAAGAAUGUUUAGUUGCCGCAUAUCGAAAACAUGCUUAUACGAAAAUUCGUGAAUUCACACAAUUCGUGAAUCAGCUUAAAAAUGCAGAUACUUUUUUGGCUGUGCAGACAGAAUUACUUCACUGGCAGUUAAUUAUUUCACAGUCUGACUUUGAUACAUUGUUAGAACAAAUUGGUCCUGCGCAAACUGGUAUCCUUAAUAUUUCAAAGCACCUUAAAACGAUUGUUGAUUGCCGGGAUUUUUCUGUCACACCUAAUUUUGAUCCAUAUGAACAGCAAGAGAAUGUCCAGCUAUCGUUUGAUCAUUUGAUAUCAUGGAUAAAUCUUCGCUUUACAACGCUGAAUGUCAUUCUUGACAGUACAUCGCUUGUUAUGUCGAUUGUAAAAGUUGUACAUAGUCUUAUUUCUGAUAACCAAAAAGAAACAUCAGAAAAUAUGCUUUCAUCAGAGGCAGUCAAGAACGUAAAUAGCUUACUGUCUACCUUAAAUGAUCUAGCGUCGCGCAUCAAUCAACCAUCUGAAGAAAAAAUGAAAAACUUUCAGACACUGUCUUGGAAUGUGAUGACAAGACGGGAUCAGAUACUGAAAACAUUCCCCGAUUUGCCAGAUGUAACCUGUACUUCACUAUAUUACUAUGGACCAUAUCGUAGUAUUUUGUCCAUUGGUCUUGAAAUUAUGUUGGGUCUUCUUCGUUUGGUUUCGGAUGGCCCAUGUGCCUUUCCAAGAAAAAGUAUAGACUACCUUUUCAAUUCUCUAAAUGAAUGCUUUUCGUCAGUAAAGUGUAUUCAAAAGGAUAUUGACAUACCACAAAUUUAUCCAUCUGUAGAUACAACUUCAUUCCCUUUUGCACAUAAUGGUGUACAUACAACCAAUGAAACAUCAGGAGAUAAAGACUGUGUUCAUCUAGGCGGUAUUUUAUUGAUCUUAACAAUGCUUUAUGAAAGUAUUUCAUUGGGCAGUCUACUAAUAUCAAUGAUUCGAAGUGCAUUACGUCCAAGAAGCCAUUAUCAUCACCAAGCAAGUAAACGCCAGAAGCGAAAGAUCAAAAAGGAUAAAUCGAUAAAUGGAGAUUCUCUUCACUCUCCAAUUUUCAAUUCGCUAGAUCAUCUGGGUGCAUGCCUACACAAUACUGUGAUUCAAUUCAUUGCUGUUACUAAUCAUUUAGCAGAAGCUUCAGAUUCAUGGUCCUCUUGGUGUCGUAGUGAUUUGUCAAAGGAAUUUCACUCAAUGGCUCUCAAUGCUUGUACAUAUGUAUUGUCUGAAGAUUUUCUAGAACAGUACCCUGUUCUGAAGCCAUCAGUCUCUGCGUUUGAAGAAAUCAGUACUACAUAUGAAAAAAGUUUUACUCGCAUCACUGCUGGUUUUCGUGUAAAAGCAUGUUGUCUUCAAAGCAUCGCAUCUGAAUUGGCCAUUUAUGAAUCGCUGAACCAAGAAAUAGGGUUUGAACAUGUUCAAGAUUCGUCUUGAUUAAAUUCUAAAUUUAUUCGCCUACUUUAGUACUUUUUAUUCAAGUUUGCAUUUGUAUGUCAUGGAUCCUUUCUGUAUGUUAAAACAUGUGAUUACUAAUCUUAAUGUUUUAGAUCUGUCAAUAUUAUGCUAGCGAAUGAAAGUAAAAUAUAUUUAUCUACGAAGUAAAAUUCUUUUCUCUCUUUUCCUGUUAUUUUUGUUGAGAUUUUUUGCAAAAUACCGUCUUUGCCAGUUGUUUGUUGGCACUUAUGGUGUUUGUUUAAUGUUAAUUACCACUAGUUUUGUUGUUCGUUUAUCAGAGGUAGGUUUUAGGUAUGGUGCGUCGGUGGCACAGUGGUGAGGACUCUCGCCGACCAUACACAUAGUCCGAGGUUCGAUCCCCUGCCGA